AAAACACUUUAACCAAGAAACGCUUUCAGCUGAACAAAAUCAAUCAUUAUUUAUCAUUUCAUUAUUUCGACAAACCUUGAAAAGGCAUAUUAUACAAUCUCCUCGAAGCUCUCAUACUUAGCUGCUGUCGCCGUCCGCCUUCGGGUCGAUCCCUGUAUGCAAUGGGUGGUGGAGCUGCAAUUCAGCAAGUCUUUACCCACACACAGCGAGUUAGAUUACUCUACAAGACCAUUCUGAAGUUACAUCGCGGUUUUCCUGUAGAACUGAAAGCUCUUGGUGACCAGUACACUCGUGAUGAAUUUCGACGACACAAAAAUGCAACACCAGAACAAACACAAGCUUUCAUGGUAGAGUGGACCAACUAUGCAAUCACUAUAGCUAAGCAGCUAGGUGUAAGAGGAGCUCACAUGUCUAAAACCUUUGGUCAAAAUUUUAAAGAAUCUGACCUGGAAAAUUUUAAUGGUGAACAGAUUUAUCAGCUAUAUGAAUUGUACAAAGCAUCAACUGAAACAGAUAGUGGAAAUCAAAAAGAAUCUUGAGUUUUUUUUAAAGAGCAAAUAAGUGUUGUCAGUAACUUGGUUAAGAUUUAUAGCAGACUGUGUAAUUCAGUGAUACAUGAUAUUAUUAUAUUUUCAAAUGUAUAUGUACCGUGUACAGAAUGUGUAUAUAUAGUAUAAAGAAAUAAAUAUUAUUACCAUGGCAGA